GCAAUUGUCAUGUGAUAGCAAAGAGGUGGCACAUUAAUGGAGCGCCUCUACAGGGGUCUUUUCUGCUCAUGUCACUACAUAAAACUAUCAGAUGGUUAGAGGAAGGCCAUGGAGGCAUCCACUUAGCUCGUCGAGGACGCCAAAUGAUAUUCAGCUCUGCUAGCGGGACAAGCUGACUUACUUUGCAAGAAAGACUUACAGCAGCCGUCACUCCAUAAAUGUGCACCGUCCGCCCGCCUGCACACUGCAGAGGCGCUCAACCUGGCUGUUUUACGCACAACGCAACUCCUGCAUUGCCGGCAUUGAAACUUUCCUCAGCGGUUGUUUUCAUGAAGAGCGACAAGCUUUCGUCAAGGAAUUAAGGGAGACUACUUUUUUUUUGUAUUGCUUUUCUGAAAAUAUCGAGGAUGCCUCGCCCAGGGAGAAACACGUACAGCGACCAGAAGCCACCUUACUCCUACAUCUCCCUCACUGCCAUGGCGAUCCAGAGCUGCCCGGAGAAGAUGCUGCCUCUCAGUGAAAUUUACAAGUUCAUCAUGGAUAGAUUCCCUUACUAUAGAGAAAACACUCAGCGGUGGCAAAACUCUCUGCGACACAACCUGUCCUUCAACGACUGUUUCAUUAAAAUCCCCCGGCGCCCAGAUCAGCCAGGCAAGGGCAGCUUCUGGGCUCUGCACCCCAGCUGCGGGGACAUGUUUGAGAAUGGAAGUUUCUUGAGACGCCGCAAAAGGUUCAAACUGUUGACUUCAUCUGAUCAUUUGGCCCCGAGUAAGCAGUCGGAUGCUGCCCAUUACCUCCAACAGCAAGCUAAACUGAGACUGAGCGCCCUGGCAGCCACUGGCACACACCUUCCCCAAAUGUCAACUUACAACCUCGGAGUGUCUCAGUCCUCAACUUUUAAGCAUCCGUUCGCCAUCGAGAACAUCAUCGCCAGAGAGUACAAGGUCCCGGGGAGUCUGGCGUUCUCCACCAUGCAGUCCAUGUCUGCCGGGUACCCGCUCCACAACCAGCUGACGACCGCCUGGCCCCACAUGUACAACACCAGCAUGAUUGACACGUCGGCCCCAAUCUCCAUGGCGAGCAGCGACUACAGCGCCUAUGGCAUGCCCAUCAAGUCCCUGUGUCACGGGGGUCAGUCGUUACCGGCCAUCCCUGUGCCAAUCAAGCCCACCCCGACCUCCAUGGCCGGUUUCUCGGCGUUACCUCCACACAUCCCCGCGUUUCUAUCAAACUCUCCACAGUCUCUGAGCCCGACGUCCCCACAGACAGCAACGAGCCAAAGCAGCCCUGCAACCCCGAGCGAGACUCUGACGAGCCCCUCCACACUGCAGUCUGUGGCUGUGCACUGACCAGCGACACUCUCCCCAGUAAACGAACUGCUGGCCGGCUUCCCAGGCCCCUUUACUAAUCCCAAAGUUUAUAUUUUCUGUCGUCGGAAACUAUCAAGGCGAGUUGCAGUUGCAUAUCGAAUUAUUUGUGUAUGUGUUGAAUGUGUCGCUUUAAAUUGUGUCAUAGAAGUCCAGCACAGAAUCGCACAGCGAAGUAUUGCUCUUGAAAAUAUAAAUUAUUUGAUAGUUAUAUUUUUCAGUUUAUUGUGAAAUGUGAGUGUUGAAAGUGGAGCCACUGAUGGGAUCCAGGGGACGUUUUGUUUUGGCACCAUCAACUCUGAUUUGAAGUGCUUGCAAUUCCCGUGGCAUUUUUUUUCUUCAGUUUUAUCAAAUAGCAAAACUUUUGCACCGUUUCUGUGUGACCACUGUUAAUGUCAAUGAAAUUGCGAGGCAAUGGCUCUGUUGUUUUUUUUUUUUUUUGCUUUUUAAUACUGGAAUGAUGGAUAAGGGUAUACCAAAUAGGACUAGGAUUUAGAUUUGUUCUUACCAUCCCUGUAAAAAAAAGAAAGCAAAAUGAGUUAUCAAAUCUUUUCAAAAUGGAAAAGUAGUAUUUGAGACGUCCUCAAAAUGCAAGAUGUGAAUAUUUGCAAAUAACUGAUACUGAAAUGUUGUAAGAUGCACUUUUUAGUUUUAUGUUUUAGAUAUCUAUUUUCCAGAAAAUGUUCUGUGAAGCAUUUAAUUUAAAAGGCUGUGGUGACCAUGUGUAUCAGAUGCUGUAAAUUUGUACUUUUGUUUUUUAGGUAAAAGCAUGCAUUCUAAAAAUUUGUGUUGGUACUGUUGUUGUUAUUGUUGUUUUUUGUUUGUUUAAUUUUUGCAAGCAUGCGUGCUUUUGAAAAGUGUGCAAACAGUCUGCAAUGAAUUGGAAAAAAAAAACUGGUCAUCGAAAUAUUUUCUCAUUAAAAGUGAAGUAAACAAUCAAAAAUGUUUCUGAAGAUUUCAUCUAAGACGAUGUCACAUAUUAUUGUUUAUAUUAUUAUUAUUAUUAUUAUUAUUAUUAUUAUUAUUAUUUAUAUUAAUACAGGUCUCAUAAAGUUAUUAUUCAAUUGGCAGCACAUGUUUUUAUCGGAUAGGCCUACCACUUAAAUUUUUCACAAAACAAUAAUAUUAAAUAAUAAUAAUAUUAAUAAUAAUAGUCUUUAAUAAAGACAAUGAUAAUAAUAACAAUACUUUGAUCUGUCUUGUAUCCUGACUUGAGAGUGUGAGAGUUAGAGAGAAGCAGUGGGGAGAGAAAUGAAUCGUGCAGUCGAUUAGGAUGCAUGGAGUUGCGAUGCCAUGGUCACAGCGCAGACAACUGGGCUCAUUCAUCAAGCUGUAGGCUAAACACAAUUAAGCCCAACAAUAAACAUUUACAAAAGCUGCACACAGUGUCCGAAUUAAUGCCGUUGCAUAUUUUCGACUUCAAAUGUCAUAGAGGGCAGUUAAAUAGCCUAAGUGUCCUGUUGAUUUUUUCGACUGUUUCGACCUUAUAUUUACAUCUUAUUCCGGGGAACUUUAUUCAACAGGUUUAUAAAUACAGACGGAGAAUUUGUAGCAAACAAAGUGCAAAAUUUAGUUUUAUUCUUUCAUUCGAUUUGUUUGCCGGAUAAAAAAAAACGCGCUUAACUGCCUCCCCUAUAGAAAGCAACAGCCUAUUUCGGGGUAUUAAACAAAUACAUUAGAAUUCCGUCACUAUAUGCAAUCGAGUAGAUCAAAUAAAGGGUCUCGGGCCACUUCAUUCUCCUUCAUUCACUUGAAUUGAAAGUGCAAAGAAUAGCAAACUUAGACUGGGCCACCAAUGUAGAUUUAGCCUUUUUUCAGCAAGACAAAAAGACUGAUUUUUCACAAACACAUUGCUGACUGGGGAACUAGGAAACGAGCUGCAAGACCCUUUUGGAAUUUAAAUCCACCCCUCCCCCAUGGACUGUUUGGACAACAGUGUUAGUUUUUUUCGCCCCGCUUUGUGCAUUUCUGUGUGUAACAUUAAUUCUGACUCUGGAUGAUUAAAUGUAUUGAAACUGCAACGGCAGAUUACAAGCUUUUAUUUUGGAUCAGAUUGAAUUUUUCUGGCUGGUCAUUACAAUUACAAUUUAAAUCACAUUAACACACAUAGAACUUUUUCAUUGAGAAUAUAGAAGCAAUGACAUCCAGCAACUGAAA